AGCCUUAAUUCUGGAAUUGCCACCCACUGGAGGGCAGUCUUGUCGAAGCGUUCCGAGGAAGCGGAUUGAAAAGCGAGCGAGCUUAGCUUAAACCAACCAACAAAACUAGUCAUGAAGGGAUUCCUGGUGUGUUUGCUGCUGGCUUUGGCCGGACAGUCUCUGGCCCAGAGCCAGGAUGAGUUCGUGGAGUACCUGCUGGAGAUCCAGAACCAGGCCGAGACCGUGCACCAGCUGAUGGAGGGAACCUUCGACAACGUGCGCUUCACCAUGAGCGACCAGCUGAUCGAGCUGAACCGUGAUCUGAUUGCCCGCAUGAACUCGGCCCUCGAGGAGGUCGAAGAGAUCCGUGACGACACCGAGGAGUUCGUGGAGGCGUCCACCGCCGACCAGCGUUGCAUCGACGUGGCCACCUCCAACUGGGAGCUGGAGAUCGAGUGGGUCGGACAGGCGCUGCAGCGUUGCGCCGCCCAGGCCAACCUGGAGAUCACCGGUGCCACCGCCGGCGUGCACGGAGCCAUCGAGGACGCCCAGGUGCAGUCGACCGAGCUGCAGAACAUUGUCGUGCGCGGCUUCAUCGACUGGAACGCCAUCGACUACACCGAGCAGAUCUCGACCAUCGUGGGAGCGCAGAUCGAGCAGAAGUACCAGUACUUCCAGACCGUUACGCAGCCCCUGCUGGAGCGCCGCCUGCAGGCCAUCUUCGACCUGGAGACCGACCUGCUGCCGCGCACGCUGACCUGCGUGAACCGUGGCGUGGAACGCUUCCAGAACUACGCCCGCGUCAUCCGCGACACGCUGUUCUUCUGCUCGUCUUAAGUUGGAGUGAGAUUCUUGUGCUGUUCGUGUACCACGCCGGCGACGGUUUGGGAAUAAAGUUACGUUGACGAAAGUGA